AUGCCAAGACAACAACGUACACUCGAAGCUGUAUCCGCAGCGACAGCGUCUGCUUCUACUUCAACAAAGAGGAAAAAUCCAACGAGGGAUGAUGAAGAUGAUAGUGAUUCAGAUUCGGGCAGUGACGUAUCCAUGAUCAACGUUGAUUUCGAUUUUUACAAUUUCAACCCUGACGUUGACCAAAUUGCCAUAAAACGUCUACUUCGACAGACGCUCUCUCACGAUGACGAAUUGAUAGAUGUCCAUCCGCUAGCGGACCUUAUACUUUCCGAGGGAGUCAGAUUAGGUGCAGGAAGUAGCAUCAAGACUGAUGGGGAGGAGAGCGAUCCGUGGGGGCUGGUGGGAGUAGUGGAUAUCUUGGAGAAUAGGAACAACCCCGCUUUCUCCCCCUUUCUCAACUAUCUUCUCUCAACCCUCCCGUCCAUCUCUCCCCUCCGACUCCUCCUUUACCCAUCAGCAUCACCCGCAGCAGCCUCCAAACCCGCUCUCAUAUUCUCUCUACGAAUGUUAAAUCUUCCUCUCCCCCUCAUCCCGCAUUUGUACAGGAUGUUGUUGAGUGAGUUGCAAGAUCAGGGUUUCACAGAUUACCUUCUAUGGGGUAGAGGGUAUAGGCUGGAAGGUGGGGAGGAGAAUUUGGGUUUGGAUAUGAAUGAUAGUAGCUCAAAGAAGAACAAGAAGAAAUCUGGGAAUGGAAAUGCCAAUAAUGGUCUGCCAUUAACAGCCGGAACGUUCGCUUACCAUCCCGAGGAGGAAUUCAUCGACAAUGUUGCCACUCACGUUCACACCUACCCAUUCAAGACUGCUCCGAAAAGAGAGGAAGAUGCGUUUGGUGUAGAGCAGUUCGGUAGAUUGGUCUUGAUCUCUGGUGAUAAGCUUCAGUCUGCCGUCGAAGCUAUGCAGGCUGCUUGUCAGUGA